AUGCGCUCUCCGAUUCAGGGUGAAAGGGACGCUUUCGAUACGCUGUUCGACUAUGGACCCGAUAAGUUGGCUCAUGUGAAGACGUCGCUGCUUGCCUUCUGCAAUAAACAUCUCAACAAGAUCAAUCUUGAGGUUUGUGAUCAUGAAGCUAUGGCCUUAGAUGGCAUAUACUAUCUACAUUUCGCACUUCGAAAUGUGCAGCAACAUUGGCAAAUUGUCGAUAUUCAGGUAUCGUCGCACGAGGAGAAGGUGAAAAAUGUGGCGUUCGCGUUCAAGCUGAUGCAUGACGCGGGCCUGCCGAAACCACGCAGUCGUGUUCAGGAUAUCGCCAACGGCGACCUUAAGAGUACAUUGCGUCUGCUUCACCUUCUAUUCACCAAAUACAAGCACAUCUGA